AUGCCAUCCAGCGCCGCCUCUCAGUCCAAUACUGCUGCUGCUCACUCGUCCGCAGCUGCCACCAAACACACCCAUCUCGACAUUGCCGAUAGCUCUGACGCCGAAACAGAGCCUCUCCCCUACGACGACGACGACGAUCAGGACGCUCCCGCCGACGACGUCAUGGAUCUCGAUCAGCUCGCGCAGCACGCAGCUGCCUCCGCAGCUCUUCCAACCGACCAAGAUGCUCCAGGCGAGCCAGCAGACGUCUCCAUGGACCCAUCCAACGACAGCCAGCUAGAGCCAUCACAGGCAGAAGAUCUAGCAGACCUCCCCGCCUCCCAGCUCACCGCCACACACGAUCCCAACUCCAACAUGAGCUCUCCUCAAAAGACUGGCGGCUUCACCGGCGACGAGUUUAGCGACGAGAGCGAGCUCACCGACGAGGACGACGAGCAGAACCAAGACGAAGACGCGUCAUCCCUCUCCGACGAUGACCUCGGUGGCUCCGACGACGAGGACGAAGACGACGAGGACGAAGAGGAUGAAGACCAAGAUGACGAAGACACUGCCAGCAAGACCCAUGAGGACGAAGCAGCCGAAGCGCUCGCAGCACUCACCGGCGGCGCCGACGACGAAAACGACAAUGCAGGCGCAGCAGCCGGUCUCGAUGCCCUCGCAGCCCUCGCAACAGCAGGCGAUGCCGACGACGAUCAAGACGACCAAGACGACGACGAUGUGUCAGACCCAGAGGAUGGCGAAACCGCUACAGCUUCCGCCGCAAUUGGUGGUGCCGCAAAGCCUGUACGAGUCAGCCUUCUUCGUCAAAGUGGCGGAGAUGACGACGGUCUCAGCUCCGAUAUCACCCCGGAGCCCGAAGACGCCGACGCCGCCGCAGACGAUGCCUCGGAUCACCCCGGCUCCCCUCGCGACACCGAUCUCGACCUGAUUGCGUCCAUGAAGAAGCGUGCAGCUGCCACUGGCGGUGCUACCAGUCUCCUCGAGCCAGAGCAGCUCGUCGACAGCCUUCCAGGGUCCGCCUCUUCCUCGCGAGCUGCCUCUCCCUUGGCAGACGAGGACGACGACGCCGAAAAGCCGAAACAAGCAGACGAUGCCGACGCCGAGAUCGACGCCAAACACGCGCAAGCCGAUCAAGCAGAUGCCGAGCAUCCCGAUACGGCUGUCGGCACACCCGCGCCCGACGCCGCCGAGCAAGACGACGACACUUCCACCGACGAAGCCGCCAUCCGACGCCAAGAGGCCAUGGAAGCAUUGACAAAGAUUGAGAUCGGCUUUGCCAUGCUUCGCGACCGACUCUACGUCGAGCGACUCCAGGAGAUCUCCAAGGAAGGUGACAUGAUCCUCGAAGGUACCCAUCCCGAGCUCCUUCACCUCACAAAAGCCAUCGAGACACGCAGAGAGCGUCGCACCGAGCUCGUCGACAUGUGGUUCGAGCAUCAGGAGAAGCAGUACGAGCGCGUCGCAAAGGCAGAAGAGUUCGCCGCGUGGAGCAUCUGGCGCUCGAGCUGCGCCGGCUUGCGUCGCGACAUGAUGGAUGAGUACAGCCGGAAACGCAGACGCCUCGAUCGGGAAAAGCGCACGCUCGAUGCACCUCGUCCGGCGAGAAGGCAUCAGAUCUUCGAGACCGAGCUCGUGCGCAAUCCAGACCGCUUGCACAUUCCGCUCACUUCUUUUUCGCUGCCAGAAGAUGCCGAGCCGACACGAGCCAGUGGGUCCAAGAUUGGUCGCAAACAGUCUGCCAAGCGCAAGGCGCUCGCUCGCGAAAUCGAGGCGGGCGACGAGUUUGUAGCCUAUCCCGAUCUCAAGGGACUCGCCGAAGCCGAUGUUAUGAUGGACAUCGAGCAGAUGGGGAUACGACCCGCAGGCAUGCCGCCGGGAAUGUACGACCCGUUCUACGGCGCCCCUGUCGGUCUCGAAUUCCAGAAUCCCGAAGUCUACGCCAUGUACGGACCUGAGGCGGCCGCUGCGGCUGCUGCUGCCGCCGCACAGGCUCACAUGAACGGUGUACCGUACAACCUGCCACCGGGAGCGCGCGGCUUGCCACCACCGCCUCCAGGCGCCAUGAUGGCGCCGGGCACGCCUGGAUCCAUCCACACACCUCAUCGCCACGGACACGCCCUCCCGCCCCCGCCGCCAGGUCACAUGCACCCCGGGAUGGACAUGGGCAUGAUGCCAUUCGAUCCGUACGCAGCCGCCGAGAUGGAGCGUGCGGCGCGCAUGCAUCACCGCGAACAACAGGCACGCAUGGGCAUCGAUCUCAACGAUCCUCACCAUCGAAGCUCGCCCUUCCCGCCCGAUAUGUAUCAACCCUAUCCACCACACUUCAACAUGCCACCUGGAGCCGGCGGACCUGGUCCAGGCAUGAGACCGGGCAUGUCCAACAUGCCGCCUUCACCUACACCGCCUCAUCGGGCAAGCAGCGGCGGUCGCAAGGAGCGCGCGAGCAUGGAGGACGGCGUUCACGUCAGCGGUCGUGGUCGUGGUGCUGCCAAAACACCGGGUCGGAGCAAGCAGCCUCGUUCGAGUCAGCCGCGUGAUGGACACGUGGGUGGCGGCGGUGUCGUCGAGUCGCCGACGCAGGCAAAGUCGACUGGUGGCGCAAAACCCAAUCUGCCUCCACCACCAUCUAUGCCGGUGGGUGCGGUGGGUGCGAUGGACGAACGCGAUCACAAGGUGAUCCGAGCCAGAGAGGCACACGAAUCAUCCCGCGUGGUCUCCACUCUGUGUAAAAUGUACCGAGAAUUUGACCGACGAGAAGUUGAUCGUGUAAUCCGGAAUUCCUUCCUGCUCUGCCGUUUUGCAACUUUUGCUGUUCGACCAUCAUCACCCUCCAUCCUGCUCCUCUUUUUGCCCAGCAAACUGCUAGCCAAGAUGACUUCGAUACGCGCAUCGACCUCAUCAUCCGCAUCCAACGAAUCCGGUCCGUCGCAACCGCGGCACUUGACGAUCCUGUACAUGACCCAGACAGGAACCUCGUCCGACCUAGCCCUUCGAAUCUCUCGCCAAGCCCAGCGCAAACGCUUCUCCACCACCGUCUGCGACGUCUCCUCGUACGAUCCUGCCGAUCUCGUCUCCGAAAACUACGUGCUUUUCCUGGUCUCUACUACGGGUCAAGGUGAAUUCCCAACGAGCUCGAGAGGGUUUUGGAACUUCUUGCUGCGAAAGGGGAUUCCGGAGGACAUACUCGAAGACGUGCGGUUUGCAGCGUUUGGUUUGGGAGACUCUACGUAUCCGAGGUUCUGUUGGCCGGUGAGGCUGUUGAGUAGGAGGUUGAAGGGGUUGGGCGCGGUGGAGGUGGUGGAGCACGGGGAGGGGGAUGAGAUGCAUUAUUUGGGGUUGGAGGGGGAGCUGAAGCCGUGGUUGGAGGAGUUUUGGGGGAAGAUGGAUGAAUUAUGUCCGCUUGAGGAGGGUGAGAGGGAAGUCGGGAGGGAUGAGCUGCUGCCUCCAGCUGUCACAAUCAGGAAAGUGGAUGGAGAGGAGGAGGGGGGCGGGACUUAUGGUUUCGACGAGCAUUUGUUGGAGCAAGGGUGGUCAAUGUCGAGACUUGGCAAAAACGAUCGGAUGACGGCUGCUGAUCAUUUUCAAGAUGUUCGUUUGCUCGAAUUCGUUGAAUCCCCAUCAUCUGCUGGAGCUGUUCAGAACGGCGAGAACGGAGAAGCAUCGACAAAGUCCGCUGCAGCAUCUGACGAUGUCAACUUCCAAUCUUACCGACCGGGAGACGUGCUCUGCUUGCAUCCCAUCAAUGACGCUCUCUCCGUGACCGAAUUCCUCGACCGGCUCAAGCUCGACCCAGACACCCUCAUCACCCUCUCUGGUAGCACCGUGCCCACGACGGCGCCUCAAUCACCGCACCCGAUAUCCGUACGAGACCUCUUCACCUACCAUCUGGAUUUCACCUCGGUGCCCACGCACUCGUUCUUCGAGCAGAUCCGACUCUUCUCACCCACAGGAUCGCUGGAACGCGAGAAGCUAGAUGAAUACUGUGGGAUCCUGCCCGAGGACGAGCUUGCAAAAGGAGCAAAUCCGCAAGAUGGAAUUGACGAGAUGUACGAAUACGCACAGAGACCGAGGAGGACGAUCAAAGAGGUGCUGGAGGAGUUCAAGUCGGUCGGGAUUCCGUUGGAGUAUGUGGCGGAUGUGAUUCCCUGGAUCAAGCCUCGAGAAUUCAGUAUCGCUAGCGCGCCGCCCACGGCAUCACUGUCACGCGGUUCGAAGGGAGAUGCUUCGGAUCAGCCGCACGCGAUACAGCUCAGCGUAGCCAUCGUCAAGUACAAAACAAGGCUAAGAAAGUCACGAACAGGAUUGUGCACUCGCUGGCUCUCCACCUUACCUGUCGAUGCGGAAGUGCCGAUCUGGAUCAAACCGGGCUAUCUCACUCUGCCGCCACCAGAUGCACCUCUGAUUUUGAUCGGACCAGGAACCGGAUGCGCACCUCUCCGAUCGCUUGUCAUCCAGCGUCUCUCCUCCCCCAAUCCUGCGAGGGAGAUCCAUCUCUUCCUCGGCUUCCGAUACCGUGCCAAAGACUUCCUCUUUCAAAACGACUGGCAGGCACUUCAACAACACCACGCCAACCAUUUCCACCUCCACACCGCGUUCAGUAGGGAUGGAGGAGAUGAAAAGACCUAUGUGCAGGAUCUGAUUGUCAAGGAAGAGAACAGAGGCAUGCUGUGGGAGGCUAUCACGGAGACAAAUGCGUGGAUCGUGGUGGCUGGUGCGUCGGGUAAGAUGCCGGAGCAGGUGAGGGGCGCGUUCGAGAGGGUGGCGAGGGAGGAAGGUGGGAUGGAUGAGGAUCAGGCCAAGAGGUUUCUGGACGGUUUGGAGAGGCAGAGGAGGUGGCAGGAGGAAUGUUGGUCGUGA